CCCUCCCGCCGUCUGGGAUCUUCCCGCGUCCGCGCCGCUGCCUGGCGUGGCCGCUCCGCGAACGGAGCAUCCUCUGCCCUGCCUCCCGGGCAUCCUCCGGCCGUCCGCGCCGCCUCGCCCCUCUUCCCCCCGGCGACUUUAGCAUCUUAAAACACUUUGGAUUCAUAGCCCCCAAGAUUGACACGGUCCGAUUCGUCAUGUCAAAAUUAAAAAGCUCAGAGUCAGUCAGGGUGGUGGUCCGAUGUAGGCCCAUGAAUGGCAAGGAAAAGGCCGCUUCGUAUGACAAGGUUGUGGAUGUGGACGUGAAGCUGGGGCAGGUGUCUGUGAAGAACCCCAAAGGAGUGGCCCAUGAAAUGCCCAAGACCUUCACUUUUGAUGCAGUCUAUGACUGGAAUGCCAAGCAGUUUGAACUGUAUGAUGAGACAUUUCGGCCACUUGUGGACUCCGUCCUCCAGGGUUUCAAUGGUACCAUUUUUGCCUAUGGACAAACUGGGACUGGGAAAACCUAUACAAUGGAAGGUGUCCGUGGUGACCCUGAAAAAAGAGGGGUCAUCCCUAACUCAUUUGAUCACAUCUUUACCCAUAUUUCUCGAUCCCAGAAUCAGCAGUACCUGGUCAGGGCUUCUUACUUAGAGAUUUACCAGGAGGAGAUUCGAGAUCUGCUCUCAAAGGAUCAGACCAAAAGGCUUGAGCUCAAAGAGAGGCCUGACACUGGAGUGUAUGUGAAAGACCUGUCUUCCUUUGUCACCAAGAGCGUGAAGGAAAUAGAGCAUGUGAUGAAUGUGGGGAACCAGAACCGCUCUGUCGGUGCUACCAACAUGAACGAGCACAGUUCGCGUUCUCAUGCAAUUUUUGUUAUCACUAUUGAGUGCAGUGAGGUGGGUCUUGAUGGAGAAAACCACAUCCGUGUAGGGAAAUUGAACCUUGUAGAUCUUGCUGGUAGUGAACGGCAAGCCAAGACUGGUGCACAAGGGGAAAGAUUAAAAGAAGCAACGAAGAUCAACCUGUCCCUUUCGGCCUUGGGUAAUGUCAUCUCUGCCCUCGUGGAUGGCAAAAGCACUCACAUUCCCUAUCGGGACUCCAAGCUCACCAGGCUCCUCCAAGAUUCUCUCGGUGGCAAUGCUAAAACUGUGAUGGUGGCCAAUGUGGGGCCUGCCUCUUACAAUGUAGAAGAGACUCUGACCACUCUGAGAUAUGCCAACCGUGCCAAAAACAUUAAGAACAAGCCAAGGGUCAACGAGGACCCUAAGGAUGCCCUCCUUCGAGAAUUCCAGGAAGAGAUAGCCCGGCUCAAAGCCCAGCUGGAAAAACGGUCCGUUGGCAGGAGGAAGAGGCGAGAGAAGCGGAGGGAAGGUGGUGGCAGCGGUGGGGGUGGGGAGGAGGAGGAGGAGGAGGGAGAAGAGGGUGAGGAGGAAGGGGAUGAUAAGGAUGAUUACUGGCGGGAACAGCAAGAAAAACUGGAGAUUGAGAAGCGGGCCAUUGUAGAGGACCACAGCUUGGUUGCAGAGGAAAAGAUGAGGCUGCUGAAGGAGAAAGAGAAAAAAAUGGAGGACCUGCGGCGGGAGAAGGACGCUGCUGAGAUGCUGGGCGCCAAAAUCAAGGCCAUGGAGAGUAAACUGCUUGUUGGAGGAAAAAAUAUAGUAGAUCAUACAAAUGAACAGCAGAAAAUCCUGGAGCAGAAACGGCAGGAAAUUGCAGAGCAGAAACGUCGAGAAAGAGAAAUCCAGCAACAGAUGGAAAGUCGAGAUGAGGAGACCUUGGAACUUAAAGAGACUUACAGCUCAUUGCAGCAAGAGGUGGACAUCAAGACCAAAAAACUCAAAAAGCUCUUUUCCAAGCUUCAGGCAGUGAAGGCAGAGAUCCACGACCUCCAGGAAGAGCACAUCAAGGAGCGUCAGGAGCUGGAGCAGACUCAGAAUGAGUUCACCAGGGACCUGAAACUCAAGCAUCUUAUUAUAGAAAACUUUAUCCCUCUGGAAGAAAAAAGUAAAAUUAUGAAUAGAUCCUUCUUUGAUGAAGAGGAAGAUCAUUGGAAAUUACAUCCUAUAACCAGACUGGAGCACCAGCAGAUGAUGAAGCGGCCAGUUUCAGCUGUGGGAUAUAAGAGACCAUUGAGCCAACAUGCAAGAAUGUCUAUGAUGAUUCGUCCAGAGGCCCGAUACAGGGCUGAAAACAUUGUGCUGUUGGAGCUGGACCUGCCCAGCCGGACCACCAGAGACUAUGAAGGCCCAGCCAUUGCCCCCAAAGUCCAGGCUGCAUUGGAUGCAGCUCUGCAGGACGAAGAUGAGAUACAGGUGGACGCAUCAUCCUUUGAAAGCUCUGCAAAUAAGAAAUCUAAGGCCAGGCCUAAAAGCGGAAGGAAGUCGGGAUCCUCUUCCUCUUCCUCAGGAACCCCUGCAUCUCAGCUUUAUCCACAGUCUCGGGGGCUGGUUCCAAAGUAAAGCCAGUUCCUCCUUUCCGGGGGUGGAAACAGCAUUUGCCUUCUGAGAGAAGAGACCAACAGAAACCUGCAGAGAGGACUCAGAAUCAUUCCCCUGGGGAGAAGCAAUGAUCUCUUUGCAGAUUAACCAACUUGAUCUGGUAGAAACGUGCUGGUCCUAAUCUGGCACUCUGCUCCUCUGGGAAAUGUCCUUUAAUUAGCAUCUCAGAAAUGCAUGGGUAUGGUCAAGUGAGGUAGUUGAAGUGGAAAGCAAGAGAAUGACCAGUGACCUUGCUUCCCCACUCCCUUGCCUUCUCCUCUCCCUUCCCUUGCCCUCCCUUCCACUCCACUCCUUUUCUAGCCUAUUCUUUACACCGGGCUCCCUUCUUGUUGAACACUAGGACAGAAUCAAGAGUCACCUUAGCCAGACCAAGUCUUAGGAGCCUCAGCAUAAAACAACAGUGAGGUUGAAUUUGAAAGCCCUAGAACUUGAGCAGGCACUCGUUCUUGUAGGUAGAAAUGAAAUCUCAUUUGGAUCCCGGCCCCCAGAGGACAUGAUCCAUGCACCUCAGUAAGAAGUGAAUCUUCUCAAUGAGGAAAUGUUUUCCAAGGAAGCCACCAAUUUCUGCUCCUGAAGGGUUCAAUGUUGGAAGCAAUAGAAAUAACAUUCCCUUUGCCUCCUUGGAGAGUUUAGGGAACAGCUUCUUUAUAAAACCUCAAAACCAUGACCAUCCUGUCAAAGACAUGAAUCUGUAAGCUGAUACCAUGUC